AUGUGCGUUCGCACAUACAUCACAGAGACCUGCACCAAGUGCAACAAUGAGAUCGAGCCUCGCGCCCGCAGCGAGGUCAUCAAAUGCUGGUGGGAAAAGCUCCGCACUGGCCGCUGCAGCAAGGAAACCCUCGCAUUCAAGAACAUCCUCGUUGACGGCUGCGACAACUGCAAGACCACCAGUGAGAAGCACCGGGAGUUGUUGGUGGAGCGACGGGAGAAGGAGAAGGCGGAGAAGAAGGCGAAGGAGCAGAUCAGCGUGCUGGAACAGGAGGGGUGGGAAUCGCAGGAGGCCAAUUCCAUCAUCUUCUCGUCUUCGAUAACCAUCUCGAACGACGUGCCACUCAAACGCCCAGACACCGCCCAGAACUCAACCCAUCAACAGCCCACCACCACUCAACAUGGCCUCCCUCACCUCAAUCGCCUCAUCACCCUCCUCCCAGCCCUGACCACCGCCCACUUCCACCUCCACUUCCCCGCCGCCCGCGGCGAAGACACCGACAAACAAGCCGACUUCCCCUGCGGCGGCUACCCCACCCCCGCCAGCACCCGCAUCCCCAUCAGCCUAACCUCCGGCCUGCCCCUCUCCAUGGAACUCGGCCACGACGAGAACCUGAUCUCCGUCUUCCUCGCCAUCGGCAACGAUCCCGGCAAUGUGGCAAGUCUGGGGAUUGAGGAGGGCACGAAUGCGACUGUGCAGGUUAUUACGAAUGGACAUGCUGGGAAUGGGCUGUAUAACUGCGCAGACAUUACCUUCACCAACACAUCCCCAGCAACCCCAGAAACCUGCACCAACAACACCGGCAUCACAGCAGAGGCCUUUACGGGCACCACCUUGGCCAACACCACUAUGGCCGAAGAGGAUCACGAGGGUCACGGCGAUAAUGCUACGGAGACGGCAAGUGCUACGGAUGCGGGUACCAGUGCGACUUCGGCUUCGAGUGCGGGCGCUGGCGCGAUCGCCACUGCUGCCGGAUGGGGCGUGGUCGGCGCUGGCGUCAUGGGAGCUGUUGCGUUGCUGUAA